AUGGGUUCCAUCGGUGCCUCGCUUGACCUCUUCUCAGGCUUCUACAACACCAUCAACGGCAAAUUGACCACGACUGAAAAGACCAGACAUGGCAUCAACCCGGCGAAUGGCAAGCCUAACCCAGAAGUGCCGGUCUCGACGCCAAAGGAUGUCGACGACGCUGUAGCAGCCGCGAAAGAGGCCUUCAAGUCGUGGUCCAAGACUUCGAAUGAGGAACGGAAGAAGGCCGUGCUCGCUUUCGCCGACGCGCUGGAGAGGUAUGAGAGUGACUUUGGCAAGCUGCUCACGCAAGAGCAAGGAAAGCCCCUCCAAUUCGCCGUGGGCGAGAUCAAGGCUGGUGUGCAUUGGUUGCGCUCUUUGUCCAAGCUGGAACUCAAGGAGGAGACCAUUGAAGAAGACGAAGAGAAGCGGGUCGUCGUCCGCCACACACCGCUCGGCGUCACCGUCGGUAUUGUACCAUGGAAUUUCCCCGUCCAGCUGGCCGUGGGAAAGAUUGCGCCUUCGGUCCUGACGGGAAACCCGAUCAUCAUCAAGCCAUCUCCAUUCACUCCCUACUGUGACCUGAAGCUAGGCGAACUCGCCCAACAAUACUUUCCGCCUGGCGUUGUCCAAGUCCUCAGUGGCGACGACAACCUCGGGCCUUGGCUCACCGCCCACCCUGGCCCAGACAAGAUCAGCUUCACGGGAUCGACCGUCACCGGUAAGAAGGUGAUGGAGAGCGCCGCAAAGACCUUGAAGAGAGUUACUCUGGAAUUGGGUGGUAAAGAUCCUGCCAUUAUCACCAAGAACAUCAACAUCGACGCGGUUGCCCAGAAGAUUGGGGCCCUUGCGUUCGCCAACUCUGGCCAGGUGUGCUUGGCCAUCAAGCGCAUCUAUGUCCACGAGUCGAUUCACGACAAGUUCCGAGACGCAAUCGUCGCCUUCACCAAGACACUCAAGGUUGGUGAUGGGACAGAGGAGGGGGUUACCCACGGGCCCCUCCAGAACUCGAUGCAGUAUGAGAAGGUCAAGACAUUCUUCUCCGACAUUGAGAAGGAGAAGUGGACCGUGGCUGUUGGAGGCAAGAACGAAGACAAGCCUGGAUACUUCAUCACCCCGACCAUCAUCGACAAGCCGGCAGAUGACUCCCGAAUCGCCACCGAGGAGCCGUUUGGCCCCAUUGUUCCUCUCCUGACCUGGUCCGACGAGGACGAUGUGAUUGCUCGAGCAAACAACACCAAGCUGGGUCUUGGUGCGUCGGUGUGGUCUGAUGACCUGGAUGAAGCCACUCGGAUUGCACGACAACUGGACGCUGGCAGUGUCUGGGUCAAUACUCAUUUGGAGCUGGACCCUAACGCUCCGUUCGGCGGUCACAAGGAGAGCGGCAUUGGCUAUGAAUGGGGGAUCGGUGGUCUCAAGGCCUUCACCAAUAUCCAGACGCUGUAUCUGAAGAAGAAGACGUCCGCAUGA